AACACCCUGCUCAUGCUGCAUGCUUGAGGUUCAACAGAAUUCUCCUUCCUGUUCUGUUCAAAACCACAUCAAGGGGAAAUGUACAAGGAAUCUGCAAGAACAGAAACCGAAAGAGGAGUUGAGCCCAGAUCUGGAUUUCCUCUCCACAUCAUCCCUGUUUCUGUGAUUCACUCUGUUAGUGUGUCAGGAUGGGCUAAAAACAAUUGCUAGCACCUGCGCACCAUACACCUGAACCCUCCACAGUCUCACCUGUGCACAGGUGGUGAGUCUCGACACCAUGCAGGGACCUCGGAGGAAGGUGAAGGUCAUGGUGAUGAUGACAAUGGUGUUCAUCUUCAUAGUGGUGGAGGUCUCUCGCAAUGCUGGGAAGGGUGACGGCAACAAAAAUAAGCAGCUGGUUCCCACGAAUCGUUUCUGGGCAAAAGAUCUCCCCAGUGACGCCUACUGGAAUCGCCGGCAGCAACAGCUGAACUACAUCAACAAUCGCAACCUAGAAAAGCUCAACUUCACGAUUGAUAAGCUUCCAGACUGGCUAAACGACACAGUCAGUCUGGACUCCUGUGAGCCAGACUUCAGGGUGACCACCCAAGUCAAGGAUUACAACUCGCUACCGGAUCGCUUCAAGGACUUUCUGCUUUACAUGCGCUGCAGGUCCUAUCCCAUCGUGAUGGAUCAGCCAAACAUGUGCAAAGACCCACCGUUCCUCCUCCUAGCUAUUAAAUCUUUAGUCCCGCACUUUGAUCGACGUCAGGCCAUCCGUGAGUCGUGGGGCAAAGCUGGCCUCCUUGCAAACAGAACGGUCAUUACGGUGUUUCUUCUUGGAAAUGCAGCCACGGAGGACCACUUUCCUGAUCUCUCGAAGAUGCUUCUCCAUGAGAGCUCCAUACAUGGAGAUAUUCUUCAAUGGGACUAUAGGGACACAUUCUUCAACCUCACCAUCAAGGAAGUGCUUUUCCUGGAAUGGCUGAACACCCGCUGUCCUGGAGUCAGUUACAUCUUCAAGGGCGAUGACGAUGUUUUUGUUAACACCAUCCGCAUUAUAGACUUCCUAAUCAAUCUUUCUCAUGCCAAAGCCAAGGAACUGUUUGUAGGAGAUGUGAUUACCAACGCUGGUCCACACCGGGACAAAAAGGUCAAGUAUUUUAUCCCGGAAAGCAUGUUCGUUGGAACGUACCCUGCUUAUGCGGGUGGGGGUGGUUAUUUGUUCUCGGGACAGCUGGUCCAGAAACUUCAUAACGUCUCGAGGUUGGUGCCCCUCUACCCCAUCGAUGAUGUCUACACGGGUAUGUGCCUUAAGAAACUGGGCCUUGCUCCUGAGAAGAACAAAGGCUUCAGGACCUUUGAUAUCGAGGAGAAAUAUCGCGAUAAUGCCUGUGCCUAUAACAGCCUGAUGCUGGUCCAUCCCAGAAGUCCUCAACAUAUGAUUAAAAUCUGGGCCUGGCUGAAUGACCCAGCUUUGAACUGUCAGUGAACUGCUGAUCCAGGGUUUGGCUGCUUUAAAGGGACAGUUCACCCAAAAAUGCUAAUUCUGUCAUCAUUUAUACCCCCUCAUGACAUUUUAAAACCGUAUGAUUGACUUUCUGUCUUUUCUUUCAUUCAUUUGACCAGAAAAACGCUGUCACGGAUCCCUUUUUUCUUGGUCCCCAUUGAUUUUCGUUAUAUGGAUGUCUUUUGUAUUCUGCGGUUUGGAACAACAUGAGAUAAAAUUGUCAUUUUUGGUUGAACUAGCUCUUUAACAUUUUACCAUUGUUCUACUGUGAUUUUAUUUAGCAUCUUUAUGUACUUAAUUUCAUGUCAAAGGUCAGAAGCGAUGAUGAGCUCUUUAGAUGUAUAUAUUUCAAAUGUAGCUCUAAAUCGCUACCACAUAGUAUUUCAACGGCUUGACUUUGUGUCAACAAAUUCUGCUGAUAAUGUUACAAGUAGUUAUACAGUGCUCUGUGGGUGUGAGAUCAGCGGUGCUGUGGAUUGUGGGAAAUGUAGUUCACCUGGUCUGAACAUGGCACAGACGAUACACAGCACACCUGAGCAUAAAUAUCUGUUGAUCAUUUUGAUAAAAUGUGGUUUCUUUUUCUAUAGGAGAAUUAUGUUGCAUUAUGCUAAAGUGAACAGACAUGUUUGAACACUCUAUGCAGCCAUCACAAGCCUAAUCCAUACUUGCUGCUCUAGUUAAGUAAUGUAAUGACUUCAUGCAUUACUGGCUCUUUUCCUUCUAGAUCAUUUAUUCUUUUUCAGGAGCAGACAAUCAGUUGCAAGUCAUAAAG